AUGAAGUUCCUUGCCGCGCUCACCGUCGCCCUCUCCGCCACUGCCGGCGCUUUCGCCCAGGGUUCGAGCGGCAACGCGACCACGUUCGCCGACGGCCUGCUCACAGCACUGCGAGCCAGCAACCUCUCGCGUCUUGCGGAUGCGGUGGGCAACAACUCGGCCGCACUCCUGGGCGCUCUUCAGGGCGGCAACAAGACCGUGCUGGCGCCCUCGGACCAGGCGUUCCAGGCACUGGGCGGCAACAUCGACAACCAGACGCUCAUCGCGACAAUCGCGUACCAUGUGCUUAACGGAACGGUGAGCUACAGCCAGCUGGGGACGGACAACAAGACGAUUGCGGCGUCGGCGCUCAACUCGAGCGAGUUUGUGCAUCUGCCACGCAACCGCAGCCAGGUCGUCGUGCUGUCCAAGCACUCCGGCAACAACACGGCCUACGUGCAGCUGGCUUCAGGCAACGUGUCGUUCAGCUUGGCGCAGGACGGACCGCAGUACCAGAACAUCCGCGUGCAGCCGAUCAACCAGGUGCUCACUGUCCCGACCAACACGUCCGGUGUUGCGUCGUCGCUGGGUGCGUCGCAGCUGGCCUCGCUGCUGGGCAACGCAGGUCUGGUUGAUGCGCUGGAUUCGUCGAUCGUGACCGUGUUUGCGCCGAGCAACGAGGCGAUCCAGGCGGUGCAGUCGACCGUGGAGGCCGCCACGGACCAGCAGCGCCAGGCUGUGCUGCUCAACCACGUGCUCAACGGCACUGUCGUCUACUCGACCAGCCUCGCCUCCACGCCCAGCGCUAUCUCCGCCGCGGGCAACGAGCUCCGCUUCACCGCAAACGCCACGGGCGCCUUUGUCACCAGCGGCAACGUCACCGCACGCAUCGUCCAGAGUGACUACAUCGCCAAGAACGGCGUCGUCCACGUGAUCGACAGAGUGCUCCUCAACACCACCGAGAACACCCAGGCCGCCGCGUCGGCCUACAGCUCGGCUACGGCUGCGGCGGCCACGCAGACCGCUGCGCCUGGCGUGGGAUCCGGAUCCGGCAGCGGUGGUAACGGCAAUGGCGGAAGCGGUAGUGGCGGCGGCAGUGGCGCUGGUACUGUCAAGACUGGUGGCGGUGCGGCGGCAGUGGCUGCGCUGCUUGGAUCGGGUUUCUGGCUGCUUGUUUGA